AUGUCUAUCGCCUGCGAUCCUUGUCGGAGGAGAAAAUGUAAGUGCGAUAGUGUAAAACCAGCUUGCACUCAGUGUCGUUUGCGGAAAGUGAUUUGUACAUAUAAUAAAGUAGGCGAUAAGAGGAGAAGGUCCCAGUCUCAUUUCGACUUGAUGUCGAGUCAUAUUUCAAGGUUACAACAUGUUAUAAAUUUAAUAUCUGAAGGUGGUGUAAGAGCUGACCUAACCAUUAAAAAAUUACAAAAUGAUAAGAGAUAUUCCGAAUCCUUAUUGUAUGGAGAUAAAGCGAUCGGCUCAACUGAUAUUGAAUUUGAAGGAGAUUUACUCAAAGUUGAUAAUCAAGGCAAAAUUCACUUUUAUGGAGAAACAUCCAAUAUCCCAAAAAUUAUUCAAAACGACACUAUUAUUUCUCAGAAAUUAUCUUUGAGCUCUAAUUCGGAUAUAUAUACCUUGGACAUAUCGCAUUUUGUGCCUGACUAUAUUGUUUCGGAAUUGUUGCAGUUAUAUUUUUGUUGGCAACACGUUUACUAUAACGUAUUCGACAUGCAAUUAUUUUUAAGAGAUAUGAAGACUGGUGGGAUGUUUUAUUCAGAUUUCCUCUUGAAUGCAAUUUUGUCACACGCUUGUCAUCUAUCUAGUAGGCCCGAACUUCGAUCAGAUCCUCUCGAUGCCCGAACGACCGGCUAUUUCUUUCAUAAAAAAGCGUUGAAAAUGCUCCAUAGAGAGCUCGAAAAUAGCUCUCUUACAACCGUGCAAGGCUUAUUAUUGUUGGCAAGUAAAGAAUCGGGAAUAGGUUGUAACAGUAUUGGUUGGGUCCAUUCGGGGAUGGCAGUAAGAAUUGCAAUUGACUUAGGAAUACAUCACGACGCUGCAAAGUUGGCAGAGCUAGGCUAUAUUUCGGAGGAAGAGGUAAAGGUUCGAAAUACGACAUUUUGGGGGUGCUAUCUUUUUGAUCAAGGUUGGAGCUCGUAUUUAGGACGACCGCCAGCCAUUCGUAUGUGUGAUGUGUCGAUAAAUCUACCUGACUUCCAUGAAGAAAAACCCCUAGAGUGGGUUCCUUUCUAUGAAAGUAGUAAUCAGUUUCCUGAUGAAGUUAUAAAACUAGAAUUUUAUCCCGAAAAUACCUUGUUGGCAACAUUAAAACUUUACCAUAUUUUAGAAUUGAUAAUAUUCUCUCUUUAUACAUCAAGGAAGGAAGAAGAUAAUGUUGAAAAGAAGAAAAAUUACAGACUAUUAUUGGAAGAACAUUAUCAACUAUUAGAAUUAUGGAGGGCUAAGCUCCCAGAUUACCUAAGAUAUUCACAGUUUAAUACGCACCCUGCUAUUUUGAUGUUACAAGGAAUGUACCAAUCCAUAACAAUAUUCUUAUUUCGCCCAUACAUAAAGCUCAGUGAGAGAAAUUGGAGAAUAGAAAACAUACCUGACCCUUUAGACCAAUGUCGACAGUGCGCAAAAUCAAUCCUUGAAAUAUUGCGACGAUAUAAAAAGUUGUACUCUUUGAACAAAAUAGUUAACUUAACUACAUACCUUGCAUUGACUGCUUCUACUGUUUAUUUAACGGUUGCAUCUUCUACUGGAUCUUUUGAUGAAAGGGAUCAAAAUGAUUGUUUAUCAAUCUUAUCUGAGAUAGGAACUUCAUGGCCCGAGGCGAAUGCUGUACAUGAUGUGAUCAAACGCAAAUUCAAGUCAAUUCUUGCUCCUCAAAACGAAAACGAUAGCAGCCUUCUUUCUCGUUAUGCUAUUGGUUGUGAGUGGAUUCAAGAACUUUAUCUCCCAUUGGAUGAGUUUAUGAUUGAAAUGGAAGAAUCUACAAUCUGGGAUAAACAAAAUAAUUAA